GCGUUUUUCAGUAUGUGUGCAUUGAUCAUCCCGCAGAGGGGUUCCGCGGGCUCUAAUCAGACAUAAUCAGUAUCGAACGGGAUUUCUUAGUGGAAUGACGAUUUUGUUGAGUCUUUGGGCGGUGUCCGUGGCAAUCGUUGCGAGUCAAGCGGUCGAUUUGUAUGACCCAUGCGAAGAUGCAGCCGGAGCACCGGGUAUCUGUGUGCCGGUGAAAUCAUGCGAACCAGUUAGUGCAAUGCUGAAACGAGGGAAUCUGUCCGGUGAUGAACGGAAUUACUUGAAAAAGUCCAACUGUGGCAUGAUGAACUCAGGAAGAGCCGUGUGCUGUCCCUUUCCGAAGAUGCUGAAGGCUCGUUUUGAUGCCCCGGCAACCCUUCCUGCUGUUGGUAUUUGCGGCAUUGAUUCCGGUUCUCGAAUUGUGGGCGGAGAGGUCGCCCAGUUAGAUGAGUACCCGUGGCUAGCAAGAAUCCAGUACUAUAAAUCCAACAAACGUUUCGGAUUCCAUUGUGGCGGAGUCCUUGUCAACGAGCGAUACGUAUUGACUGCGGCUCAUUGCAUCCAAAAUGUUCCCGCAUCUUGGAAAGUUUACAAAAUCCGUCUAGGUGAAUACGAUACCGAAUCGGACUUGGAAUGCAACUUCCACGACAAAGACGACUGUGCCGAUUCGGUUCAAGACGUGUUGGUGUCUUCGUACUAUAUCCACGAGGAUUACUUCCAGGAGAACGGUGCGGACUACAACGACAUCGCUUUAAUCCGUCUGUCGGUACCAGUGAACUACACCGACUACAUUCGACCCAUCUGUUUACCCACCACCGAUGAACUGAAAAAGCUUCCAACCGAGGGCAAGAAGAUGACAGUGGCUGGAUGGGGUCAAACUGAAACGGGAUCGUCCAGCAGGUACAAGAAAUUCCUGCAAAUUGAGGCCUGGGAAAACGAUCGAUGUGCAGAGGCAUUCUCCUCGGCCAAUGUGGACAUCGUUGAUAGUCAGCUCUGUGCCGGUGGCGUAAAGGGGGAGGACUCGUGUCGAGGAGAUUCCGGCGGGCCGUUGAUGAAGCUAGAGACCGUCGGGAGACAGUCGGCAUGGUACCUGAAGGGUAUCGUUAGCUUCGGGUCGAAUAAAUGUGGGACGGAAAAUGUACCGGGGGUUUACACUAGAUUAAGUAGCUAUGUCGAUUGGAUUCUGGAGAAUAUAGAAGAGUAGUAAUUAGGAAA